AUGGCGGACGAGCCGGGGGCCAAGAGAGCGAGGACCGAGGGAAUGGAUGCGCUGUCCUUCAUCUCGGACAUCUGUGGUACGCUGAAGCGGCUGAAGCGGACAGGCUGGGUCAUGCGGAAAGUUCCGCUACCAGAAAGUGACUCCGAUCACAUGCACCGCUGCGCCAUGUGCGCCAUGCUUCUGACGCAGCCGGCCGACCUCCGGGAUGACUACACAGCCGAAGGCAUGGAGAAGUUCCAUCCAGAAAAGGUCGACAAGGUGCGGCUCUUGCGGAUGGCCGUCAGCCACGACCUCUGCGAGGCCCUAGCAGGGGACAUCACGCCGUACUGCAACCCCACCUUGGUGGCCUCCAAGCACGAGAAAGAGAAGGAGGCCAUGCAAGCCAUCCGGAAGGUCGUGGGAGACCCUCUGGGCCAGGAGCUUUUCGAGCUUUGGGCGGAGUACGAGGAGCUGAAGACAGUGGAGGCGAUCUACUGCAAAGACAUCGACAAGUUCGAGAUGGUGGUCCAGGCCUACGAGUAUGAGAAGGAGCACUUGCGCCCUCUCAAGGACCUUCCAGGCAACAAGACUGCCCUUACGAACUCCGUGGGAGAAGAGAAGGACCUGCCCACUGUGUGUGAUGAGCCCCUGCGCCGGUUUUUCAUUUCCACUAACCAGGCCAUGGUUACCCCGCUCUUCCGGCGGCUGGACCAGGAGCUCCGCGCCCGGCGAGAGGCAUUGCUCCAGGAGAGAGGGUGGGCUGUGACAGACUCCGAGCGGCAGCAGCCGCGCCUGCAGGGAUGA